GAAACCAACAACCUUCUAAGUUGGGGAACUGUGCCCAUGUCUUGUGAAAAUUAUAUAGGUCAUUACAUGUUAGGCAAGCAAUACCGACAUGAUUGUGAAUUGGUGGCAGACGCCGCGAUUAAGUAUGCCAAGGGCCUUAACCUUUCUGGCGACGGCAAAGAUAUUUGGAUCUUCGACAUUGACGAGACCACACUUUCUAAUAUGCCAUACUAUGCUCAAUCUGAUGUGCUCUUUGGGGCAUUACCAUACAACGACACAAAGUUUAAUGAAUGGGUUGCAGAUGGAAAAGCACCGGCAGUUCCAGGAGCGCUUCGCCUAUAUGAAACGUUGUUGAGUCUCGGUUUCAAAAUUGUGUUCUUAUCAGGUACUAAAGAACAAUUCAGAGAGGUCAGAACAGCAAAUCUGAAGGCAGUUGGUUACCAUACUUGGGAGAAGCUCAUUCUCAAGGGAGAUGCUGAUAAGGGCCUCACAGCAUUGGCGUAUAAAUCAAAAAGGAGAACAGAGCUAGUAAAUGCAGGAUACAGAAUUCUUGGAAAUUCUGGAGACCAAUGGAGUGAUUUGCUUGGCGACAAUAUUGGCAAUCGGACUUUCAAAAUCCCAGAUCCCAUGUAUUACAUUGGUUGAGCGACAAGCAAAUUUUGUCUAGUCUCGUUUAGUUCUCUCUCGUCUUUUGAAGUAUUGGGAAUAAAUUUUAAUGUGUUUCAAGAAUAAAUUAUGAGAGGUUCAGAUCAAGAUAUAAGCCUUGUCUUUCGGUAUACCAACCAUUCAUUAUCUUUUA